CCCUCCUUCAUUUGCGCUUCAAAAAUUUUCCCACACGGAACUGAUGUGAUUCUGUAUAUCUUAGAAAACAUUCAUUCUUAUACCAUUAUAUCUUGAAUUUCGAGACAGCUGCUCGUUCUUAGAUUUGGAAACCCAAUGGCUUCGCUUGGAGUCGCAGUUGCUCUGUUCUUGCACUUUCUGAUCUUCUGGGUCACUGGUGGAAAUUCGGCGACAUUCACCAUAGUCAACAAGUGCGGCUUCACGGUCUGGCCGGGGAUCCUCUCCGGCGCCGGAACCGCGCCGCUCUCCACCACCGGCUUCGCCCUCGACCCCGGCGCGUCCGCCUCCGUCGCCGUCCCCGCCUCCUGGUCCGGCCGCCUCUGGGGCCGCACCUUCUGCUCCCAGGACCCCGCCACGGGCAAGUUCGCCUGCCUCACAGGCGACUGCGGCUCCUCCGCCCUCGAGUGCUCCGGCAGCGGCGCCGUCCCUCCCGCCACCCUCGCCGAGUUCACCCUCAACGGCGCCGAUGGGCUCGACUUCUACGACGUCAGCCUCGUCGACGGGUACAACCUCCCGAUGCUGGUGGUGCCGCAGCGCGGCGCCGCCACCGCGGCCGGGAACUGCACCGCGACGGGGUGCGUCGCUGACCUGAACAGGGCGUGCCCGCAGGAGCUGAAGGUGACGAGAACGGGGAGCGAGGGCGGGGUGGCGUGCAAGAGCGCGUGCGGCGCGUUCGGGGACCCGCAGUACUGCUGCAGCGGCGCGCACGGGUCGCCGGACACGUGCGAGCCGAGCCAGUACUCGGAGUUCUUCAAGACCGCGUGCCCGAAGGCCUAUAGCUACGCCUACGACGACCGCACCAGCACCUUCACCUGCGCUUCGGCGGAUUACGAGAUCACGUUUUGCCCGACGCCUUCAACUAGUGUCAAGGCGGCGGGCGGUGAAUACGCGGUGGCGGCCAUGGCGUCAAGUGGCGUCGCCUCGUCGUGGACGCCGCUGUCGGUUGUCGCUGUCGUCGUUCCGGCGACAGGUUGGCAGUUGCGGCGGCUGUUCGUCGUCUAGCUCCGACUGUAUCGUGGGCCCGCCUCUCUCUCACUCACACACUCACUCUCAACUGGGUAGGGCCCACGCACUUCAGGAGAUCAAGUGGAUUGUAGACUCAACGAGCGGCCCAACAUGAAGAGAAGAAAAUCUCGAUCGAGAGAGAGAGAGAGAGAGAGAAUUCGAAAACAGCGGUUCGUCAAUGCGUUGAUCCUCUCCGGACGUCGGGAAAAGUGAUAUUUUCUCGGGAAAUUUUUCCGAGGGUGAUGGAGAUCAAGGAUGACCGGCACGGACUCGCCCUCGCCGCCGGCUUCGGGGCUUGAUGAACUUUCGAUUGAUUGCAACUUUUGUUUUCUUUCCAAUAGUUUUUCGACGGGUAGAAUGUAAUUCGAUAUCGAGAUUAUAUUUAGAGUUAAGAUUAGAAUGUAGUAGUAGUCUAGCAGAGGGAUAGAAGUAGUUGGGAUGUGAAGUGUUACAACUGGUAUUGACAAAGUAGAUGCGUUGUGAUGUGAAUAUAAACUUCUUCUAUUUUGAGCGUUUA